UUCUCAACUUCACAAACCUCAUCUACUCCAUUCAUCAUCUUCUUCUUCUUCUUCAAUUUUCUCUGAAUUUUAUUAUCAUGGUUCUCAAAUUCAGAAUCCCCUUCAAACUUGGUCAGAAAGAAAAUCAUAAGAGUAAUAAUACUACUCAUAAUUACAAGAAGUUAUCAAACGCUGUUGGAUUGAGAAUCCUUGUUCAAAUAUCAUCUUCAUCAUCACAACAAACAAGCCAAGAAUCCAAUUAUGUUAUUGUGAAAUCUUCCCUGAGAUUAAGUAAUCAAACUCCUCCUCCUCCUCCUCCUAAAAACUUGAUCCUUGACUCUUGCUUUCUCAAAACUUGUCAUCUUUGCAACAAAGGAUUAAGUCUUGAUAAAGAGGUCUACAUGUACAGAGGGGAUCAAGGUUUUUGCAGCAUAGAGUGUCGAGACAGACAGAUAUAUCUAGAUGACAUAAAGGAAUUAGAAGCUUCUACCAAGAAAAUAGUAUCAUCUUAUAGAAGUAAUAAUUCUUGUACUGCUAAUUAUAAUUACCCUUCAAGGCAUCGUGAUUAUCAACCUCAAAGACAUAAUAAACCCAUCUCUAACUAUAAUUACAGAAGAAAUCGCACAAUCGUUAUCUCCUAGCACUACCAGAAAAAGACAUAGUAACCAGAUCUAUAUAAAUAUAGUACUCUAUCUCAAAUAUUACAGAGAACACAGUAUGAAAUUGCAAAGAUUGCAAUAAAGCCAUCUUCGAUUUUCAUAAUUGAUCUGUAAUGAAUCCAAAUUUAUCAAUAGCAGAUAUUUUUUCUUCCUAAUUUUGUGUGUGGAUAAAGUGCAGUAUUUAUUUUGUGAACUCAUAUGUACUGUUCUAUAAAAAUAUAGGACUUAUUAUAAUUAAUGUUUUUUAUUUUAAUUUUUAAUUGGGGUUAGUUCUUCUGAAUC